AUACUUGAAGGAUUUAGACUUCAUUUCCUGGUCAGUGUGGGAUCUCUGUGAGAAUGCGUACUUCACAUGGAACUUGCUCUCUCCUACCAUCAAAGGCUGCGUAUUUUCAUAGCUCUUCUGCCACCAUGAAGGAGGUUUUCUCGAAUGCCGCCCUUGUCCUGGCCAUCUCUGUGUGGGCUGCCCUUGCAGUUGAUUUCCCUCUUCCUACAGGCACAGGGGCUCGCCUACAAGAGACAAAGGCGGAGUGCACUAGGAAUAUAAAUAAGUGCUGGAUUUUCUCUUACAUCAAGCCAAGUGAACCCAUAUGUGGCAGUGACCAGGUUACUUACAGUGGUGAAUGCCAUCUCUGCUCCCAAAUCCUAUACAAAGGGCUUAACAUAACUAAACUGUACGAUGGACCAUGUGAAAACUCCUGAACUUACCGUGAAGAAUUAUAGAACUUGCUGAAUCCCCCGAUGAUCAAGGGAAACUUAAUGGUUGUCACUUCCAGUAUCAUCCCCUGUGUAGGAGAAUGCUGAUGCUGGAGGAAACCAAUGGUUAGAGGAUCAAACUCCUUGAUGUUUGCUUCUUCAAUAAAUGAUUCUCAGUA